AGCUGCUGCCGUCGUGACAGGACGAUACAUCUUCGUUUGCUGUCUCUGCACGCUCAUCCAAAGUAUCUCUCUUGCACGUGUUCCUGCAGCGUCCCCAGCAUCGAAGGACGGCGACCGACUCUCACAAAGCCUCCUGCGCACCUGGUGCCCUCUCCCCUCAGAGAAGAGCUUCCGAUCUUUGCAGGCGUCUCAGCAUCCGCCCUCCCUCAACCCCGUCUCUCCGACACGCCUCGCCUCCAUCGUCCGCUGUUUGUUGUGAGCUGCAAUCUUUCUCGUCCCAAGCAAGACGCUGUUCCAACGAGCCGUCCCAAGCUGCCGUGCGUCGGUCAAUCUUGGAAGGGCUUCCGCGUUGGAGCUUGGUUUGCUGCUUGCUGAUUGCUCUCCCUCCCGCCCCCAGCACAUCUCCGCCCGCAACGCCAUCGCCACAACUGCUGUUCUUGCUCUGCCAUUGCCUGUGUGCGCUUCGUUGUGGACGCGCUGAGCUUUGUUUCACGCCUUUGCACCGUCCAAAAGCCCACGUACACAGCCCGCACCCCUCUCCCGCGCCAAACACACCAUGCUUGCCCGACGCCUACACCCGCGUCAGCUGGGCGGAGCCGUCAGAUUCGCCAGAUCCUUGAGCACCAUUCACCCAGCACAGUCGCCUGCAAGAUCGCCUGCUUUGGGCGACAUCACGCCGGACGGUGGCCCUGCCUUCGACACCAAGCAGCGCGAGUUCCGCGAGCGCUUGGUAGCGGAGCAGGAAGCUCGGCGGCGUAAGGAGCAACAAGAGAGUACGUCCCCCGUCAGUGCUAGAGAUGCUAUAUCGUCUUCUUCCUCUUCUGUCUCUUCACCUACCAGUGUCCUUGGUUCGCUAAGCUCUCAAUUCGCAGAGGAGGCCCGAGCACGCGAGGAAAGCGGCAAAAAGAAGAGCGGCGCGCUCUCGAGUCUGAUCUACGGCACGGCCGAGGGCCGCGAGCUGGACAAAGACAUCGAGCGCAGCUUCUCCCAGGUGCUGGCCCGGGGCAAGUACGUGCACAGCAUCGUCUUUCACGAGGUCAAGCCGGACAAGGUGGACGAGUACGUAGAGCUCGUCGGCAGCUGGUACCCGCGCAUGGCCAGCAUGCCGGAGAACAAGGUGAAUCUGGUGGGAAGCUGGAGGACGGAAGUGGGUGAUUGCGAUACGUUUGUGCACAUCUGGGAGUACCAGCGCUACACGGGGUACCACGCUUCGCUCUAUGCCAUCCAGCACCACCCAGAGUUUCCCGAGUUCGAUCGCAAGCUCAAGACGCUCAUCAACGCCAAACGCACAUCACUUAUGCAGGAGUUCUCCUUCUGGCCCACGUCCCCUCCGCGAGCUCUCGGCGGGCUCUUUGAGCUGCGUUCAUACACCUUACACCCCGGAAACCUGCUGGAGUGGGAGACGCACUGGCGUCGAGGCCUGAAGGCCCGUCGCGAGGUCAUGGAAGGCGUGGGAGCCUGGUUCGUACAGAUUGGCGAGCUGAACACGGUGCACCACCUGUGGCAGUUUGCAAACUUGGAGGAGAGGAAGGUGCGAAGAGAGCAGAGCUGGAGCAUUGAAGGCUGGGGUGACACCGUGCACAAGACGACGCCGCUUAUUCAGACGAUGAAGAGCAGGGUGCUUUUGCCGAUGCCCUGGAGCCCGGUAGCUUAAACUCGGCACCCAACUACGCCCUUUGCCUUGAUGCCGCUGCUUGUUGACUGUGUUCACAGCGUGCGUAAGAACUCGGCGUUGACUAUCAUCCUCCCGAGGACGUGGCGAAGACGACUCGUACGAAUCAAGACAGUCGCGCACAAGAACAGGAGUAUGGUUGCACGUGGAAGGUUCUAUUAUAUAUAUAUAGUUAUAUAUUUCCAAGGCAGAAGCACAACAUCUCGAAAUUGGUGGGCUAAAUUUGGAACAUGAGCGGGGAGCUCUCUAAAGGACAGGGGCAGGAAAAGAACGCAGGCCGAGAAGGCAUGGCACUCAUCAGCAUUUUUAUUUCUUUACAUGUACAAAUCCACAUUAGCAUUCUGAAAAAUAUUCAAUACAUGCUUCUCGUACUUCUGGCA